AUGAAGCUCCUCACCCUCUCAACAACCCUCUUCCUCUCCACAGUAUUCAGCCUCCAAAACCUCCCCACAGAGACAGAGACGGGAACAAAUAUCAACGCCAACAUCCUUGAAGCCGAAGAAGCCAUCGACCCCCCUCCUACAGCAACGCCAAUAUCGGAGGAUAUCGGCAAGUUCAUCCCACACCUCUUCUGGCAUCAUAAAUGUGGCAAGCCAUGUACAGCACAAAAUGAAUGUUAUGGGUACUGUGCUACUUGUGAUUUUGGGAAGGGGGUUUGUGUUUUCUAA